UAUUUCAACCUAUCUGAUUCUGGUGAAGGCCAUACAUAUGUACUAGCGCACCACCCGACACCUCAGAGAUGCAGUCUGACAUCGGAUUCUUUGUAUGAUAAUUUUUUAACUUUGCGGGCGUUUUUUUCUUUUCGAAACACCGUGGCAGGUGGCCUAAACGUCAGAGCGCGGGCCCCGAGAACCUCGCACGGUGGUCUUCCUUCUUGAUUUCCUGAUGUGGACAUGCCGCAGUUUGUUUCAAUGUCCGCGGCAAACCACGUGAGAAAACUUCCGCGUCUCCCCGACCGAACAGGCCUGCACAACAACUUGACUUACGAGGACUGCUAUCACUUUUCCAUCGUUCCCAAACACGUGAAAAGGAGGGAGACGAAGCUGAUUAUUACGAUGGCUCGCAUGGUCUUACAAUCGGCUUCCCCAACAACCUAUGCCAAAAGGUUUAUCAGGAAUUGGGGAACCUCUCUUGGUACAUGGGGUGUCGGCAUUGGAGCUACUGCAUUAUUCGUGCUGUCUGUGACACCGGUCGUGCGGAAUGGGCUCCUUAUCCAAGUCCCGGUGGUCGGAAGCCUACUUCGAGGACAAGACACCUCCAUCAGACAAGCCGUUCUAAGUACUCUCAUGCGUGUCUUCGAUGUUACCCACAUAGAUUGCACUAAGCUAUCAGCACGCAACCUUAGACUCCAAUCCUUUUGAUCAGAUAUCUACUAUCGUUCUAGUCCGCAUUGGGCUGUCUCCUUGCGGUGGCAUUGUGGAGUGAUGACUGUUUCAUGAAUUGUCGUAUGAACUGCCAGCUCGGAUCCCUCUGAGGACAGCCGAUAUGACUAAUCGGCAUUGCGAAGUACAUGCUAUGUGCAAAAUUGCCGCCUUGAACGUGUUUCCAAUCUUUGUGGAGUUGGGGU